UAUGCGUUUUUAUUAGAUUAAAAUUAGGCAUUUAAAUUAGUGUUUAUGAGGUUGGUGUGUUUCUAAAAAACUAAAGAUUUAUCUAAUGACUUCAGAAGAAAUAAAUGAGGAUUUGUCUGGUCAUUUGUAUAUAAAGACAACAAACUCAAGUAAAAUCAAGAACAAUAAAAAACAAUAUUGUUGUCACUCCUUAAAAGACCCAAACAUGGUCAAACAAUGGGUAGAACUGAAUACUCAACACAAUGAACUUCACUGUUUUAAGAAUAAUAAAGAGAAGCAAAAUCCUAUAGAGAAAUUAGUUUUGCAUGGGGCUGGCAUUUCAUUUGGAAAAGCAAGUGAAAAUGAGUUCAUUAUCAAUAUUCGUGGCUGUGAGUACAAAUGUUAUGCAGAAAGCCAUAAGUUAAUGGUGAAGUGGACAAAUGUACUCAAAAAACAAAUUACAAUGAAGCCAUUAAACAGUGAAUCUAGAGCGUUAGAUGUAGUUCCUGAAGAUGAAAUCUUAGAAGUCAAAGAUAUUAAAGAAGAAAAUUUUAAAGUUGAAGACAAAAAAAAGCAAGGAAAUUUUUUUAAUCGUCUAUUUAAUCGGAUUUCAAUGCGAUCAACUCCAAAAAUCAACACACCUGAUACUAUCAGCAAAAAUAAAAAAGUUGUUAAACCUGCACCAUUGCGAACUGUUGUAGGAUCCAUGCAAGACAUAUCUAACAAACCAGUAACUUGUUCAACCUGUCAAAGUUUUCAAGCAAGAAAUAUUUAUCUAACAGAGCAAGUAUCACAUCUCAAUGAGGAUAUUGAGAACUUAAAAGAUCAAAUGCGUACUCAUGCUAGGUGUACUGGUAUCAUGGAAAGAAAACAAAUCCAUUUAAAAAUUGAAUUCGUACAAUUUCUGCAAAAUUCUCUAGUCAACGAUACCAAUUUAUAUGUAAGCGUAGCUGAUGUACCAAGCAGUCGAUUGGUUUUUAAGUUACUUCAAGAAGAACAUGCCAAAGACCAGAGUAUUCCUUGUUUCGAUAAUGAUUUCAUUACAAACCCGCAUGUAGAUCAUCUUGGUUUUCUUCAUUUAAAAAGUGAAGGACCAAUUGAAACAUUGUUAUAUCUCUGUGAAAUAUUAAAGUUUGCAAUGAGUUCACAAUUACAAGCAGAUGAUGAACAAUAUCAAAGGUGGUUACUCUUUAGUGCGCAUUCUAAAUCUAAAACUUAUAUUCUAGAUGAUCCUGACUUAGCUGAUUUGAUUCAAUAUGGAAUACCCCAUCAAUUUAGAGCACAAAUAUGGCAGCAGUUGAUUGAAAAUCAUGUUGCAAAUAUUCAAGUAGAAAAGGGUAGUGAUUAUUAUUUGAAGUUGGUUGACAGGUUGUCAGAUAUACAGAAAAUUGAAACAGAAGAUGAUGAGCCUAUUGAAAAACAGAUAAAAAUUGAUCUUCUGAGAACAAUGCCUAUGCAUCAAGACUUUAGAGCCCUUGAUCAGCCUAAGGUUGCCACAUUGCAUAGAAUUUUGAGAGCAUUUUUGCUACACAAUAAAGAUGUUGGGUACUGUCAGGGUAUGAACUUUAUGGUUGCAUUUGGAUUACUUUACCUAGAUGAAGAAACAACAUUUUGGUUGUUAGUUGCUAUUACAGAGGUAUAUUUUCCAAAGCAUCACUACAACUUAUAUCUUUCUGGAACACAAGCUAGUCAGAGAGUAUUUUCCCAUCUUUGUGAAGAAUUAAACCCUGAACUUAUUAGACAUUUGGAAAGUUUAAAUUGUGAACUGGCUCCAAUAACCUUUAAUUGGUUCAUGACAAUAUUUUUUGACGCUCUUCCAGUUAAUGUUGUAUUAAAUAUUUGGGAUUGCUUUUUGUUUUAUGGUCAUAAGAUUUUGUAUCCUUUUGCUCUAAGUUUAAUCAAGCUUCAAAAGAAAAAAAUUCUUUCUUGCAAAGAAACUUUAUCAGCAAUGAGAAAGCUCAAAGCAUUCGGAAAGAUGUUUUAUGACGUUGAGAGUUUAUUAAAGGAGGUUUUCGAUAGGAAUUUUGAAAAAGACUUUAACUUAUACAAUGAACUUUAUGUGAAGUAUUUAAAAGAUAUAGAGGAAGAAAGUUUGAAAAGAAAGUUAGAAGAUGAAGAAUACGAGAAAAAAAAGCAGAAGUUGAAAUUUACUCCAAAACCUAUGAUGGUUUCUGUAGCUGAAAAUUUGGAUGAAUUGGAUGAUGAUUUGAUAAUAAAAUGUGUUCAGUGUGAAGAGAAUCACAAUUAUGUAUGGAUACUGGGCACUUCAGACCUUAAAGGACAAGUGUUUGUUUUAAAUGUAUCUAGCCGAACUACAGUACCUAUCGAUUGGCAGGUAGAUUGCAGAUGCAUUGCAAUGUGCAGGCUUGAAACAUGUAAUAUUAUGUUGGUAUCCACCAUGAAAUCAAUGCUACAUGCUAUUGAUAUUGAAACAAAAAAAGAGAUUUGGAGUGUGCAGUUAGCUGGUUGUGCAUUAAGUAUUUCAUGUGACAUGCAUGGAAAUGUAGCAUUAACACUUAUGGAUGGUACAAUAGCUUUUUUUAAUUUAACGAGUCAGUCAGAUACCGAAGUUGAGCCAAGUUAUAUUGAUAUCAGCAGUUCACCUGUGUUCACUGGAUGCAUUGUUGGUGAUAGUUUUUGGUGUGGGGCUGCAAACAAAAUUGUUGUGAUGGAAAUGAAAACACUUGAAACAAAAAUAUCAUUACGUGUAUGUCCUAGAGAAAGACAUACAGUAUCACAAUUGGUAUUAACUGAUAUAGGGGUCUGGUGCUCAGUAAUUAGUUCUUCAGUUGUUCAUUUAUGGGAUAAAGUUAAUUAUUAUUGCUUACUUACUGUUGAUAUUUUGGUAGAAUGUGGACUGGCUUCUGAAAAGAAAACAAGUCAAAAAGGUGAUUUAGGAAUAACUACAAUAAUGGCUUUUCGUGAUAAGCUAUGGGUUGGAUUUGGAAAUGGUAGAUUUAUCAUCAAUGAUGUCUUUAUUAAAAAUACAGAAGAUGAUCUAAAUGAUGUCAUAUCUCAUUUUAAAAGCAUACCACAAAGUACUCUUGGUGUACCAACAGCUACUUCAAAACUUUCUGUUAAUACAUGUUGUCAUGAUAUUGAUGGUGACAAUGAGUUUUUAGAAGAAACCCGAAGUAGAUCACAAUCAACCAGUUAUAGAGAAUUUGGAGGUGUACGCUCUUCUCAAAUAGAUAUUGAUAGUCAUGUAGAAUAUUCAGUAAAAAUGAAUCAAAUACAAAGAGUUUCAGAGAACAGAGUGAGCUGUUUUAUCCCAUGCAGGAAUGACAAUCGAUUAGUUUUGAGUUGCAUGGGCGCAUUAAAUGACGAUUCUUCUGUUAUUCUUUGGUCUUCGGAAAAACAUGACGGUCGUGAAAUGUGGUUUGCGCAGACGGUUUCUUAUUCGUUAUGAUGACCUAAAACCCAACUUUUUCUAUAUUUCAAAGUUUGUUGCUCAUCAUUUAUGUGUCUGUAUAAUAUGCUCAUCAUUCACGUGUCUGUAUAGAAUAUCUAAUCUAAUGCAUGACUGAUAGCACGUCUGUAUAAUAUGCAUUAGAGGACAAUUGCUUUGUAAAAUUAUGUACAUGCACAAUUAUUUAAAAAAUUAUGAAAUUGAAAUUUUUUAUUUAUGUUUUUUUUUUCAUAAAUAUGUAAAAUAAAUUAUUUUAUAUGUUAGUCAUUUUAUUGACAUUUCUUUGUACAUGAUUUUUAAUGUUAAUUUCUUUACGUUUCUCAGUUUUUUAAAUUCUUUAAG